AUGAACCUCCUCGAUCUCCUAUCAUAUCUACACGAUGGCGCCUAUCCAAUCUGGAAAUCCCUAAUCCUCACCCUCGACAACCGCACCAUCAAAUCCCUCCGCCUCACCCACAAAACCCUAGCCCCGGAACUCUUUCCCUUCCUUUUCAACCGCAUCUACAUUUCCGCCCAUUCGAUCGACCUAGACAUCUUCCGCCUCAUUGCCACACACCCAGUUGCCUCCCGCCACGUUACCGAACUGAUCUGGGACGACACGCGCUUCGACCAGUGGAUCUCCGGCCACAAGUCCUACACCGAUCGCUUGACCACGCUCACCACCACACCUGGCCAUAUCAUCCGCCAGGACGCCGACGUGGUGAAUGAAGCGUACUUAUUCUGGGCUGCUGAGGCUUCGGAGUUUGCGGAGAACCGCACCGAGGAUGUAGACCGAAAAGUGUUUGAGGAGCACGUAGGGCGAUUCGUCAACUUGAGAAGUAUAGUGGUGCUGUCGAGGUCACGAUUGACGUAUGUGGAUCCGCAGAGCUAUUGGGAUAUCUGGCAGACCCCACGGACGAGGGCGUGGAGGUGCAAGGCGUUCUCAAGGUAUCUGCUGCAGCCGGAGCCGUAUAAGCCUUCUACGGGAACGACGGUGCAUGAGUCGGAGGGGAUAAGGCCGUUGAAGAUCAUUCGUUCGAUGGCGCGGGACGACUCAAGUUUCAAGGUUGGGCUUUUGUCGCUGAACAGUAUUGGUGGUGGGCAGUCGCGGGCUUUCAGUGAUAAUAUGGUCACCUCAAAUCGAUUCAGCCGAAGGUGGCAUAUUGAUCUUCAGGAGCUGACCUCCCGGCAACCGGCUGUGAGCAAGGGCAAGAUUGCGUUGCAGCUGUUAUUGGAGACCCAGACAGAAGAUGUCUUUCACCAUGCAGGUGUCCUGGAAGACUCGAUCGAUCUUCUUAUGAUGGACACUGCUUCAACCUUGGAGUCGCUCAUCAUAUCUAAUGUCUGUCUAGACUGGUUCCACAGCAACGCGACGUUGGCACACACGCAGACGCCCUAUCUGCGGCGACUGAGGUCCGUCAGAAUCGAAGGCGGCUCAUCCAAUGAUCCAACCGAGUUCCUGCGAUUUCUGGCUCAACAGACCACAGUGCGCGAGGUAGCCUUUGAUGGGUGCCAUCUGGAUGGAACAACGUGGUCACAAGUACUGCACAAUCUGCGGGACGACAAGGUGACCUUCGACAAAUUCGAGCUGAGGCCGAGCCGUGGCAAAGCACAGGUGUUCCCUAGUCCCAUCGAGCAAUGGGUGGUCUCGAAAAUUGCGUUCAGCAAUCAGAUCGUGCCGUGGUUGAGGCAGGAGACGGAGGCUUUUCCUCUGCUGUGCUGA